AUUAUCACAAUUAUUUGUAACUAAACUCGGGAUUUUUUGAUUCGUGAAGUUGAUACUCUUGAAGUUAGAUUAGCGAAUGUGCCUAUAGUGCCAUAAGACGAGAGCGUCGGCCAUUUAUACUGUGUAUGUCUGCCGCUUCAAAUCAAGAUGAAGAUCGGCCUUUGCGCGUACAGCGGAUAUAAGAUAUAUCCGGGUCAUGGCAAGACCAUGGUCAAAGUUGAUGGAAAGACCUUUACUUUCCUCAACUCAAAAUGCGAGUCCGCACAUUUGAUGAAACGUAAUCCCAGGAAAGUUACAUGGACUGUUCUGUACAGACGUAAACACAAGAAGGGACAGGAAGAGGAGCAGACUAAGAAAAGAACAAGGCGUGCUCAAAAGUUCCAACGUGCUAUUGUAGGUGCUUCUCUCACAGACAUCUUGGCUAAGCGUAACAUGAAACCAGAAAUCCGUAAGGCACAGAGAGAACAGGCAAUCAAGGCGGCAAAAGAACAGAAGAAAGCAGCAAAAGCAACAAAGAAGGCUAUUGCUCCGCCAAAAACUAAACAGCUACCGAAACAAAAGGCAACUAAAGUGACGCAAAAGUCCGCACCUCGUGUCGGUGGUAAACGUUAAAUAUUCUGUAACUAUACAUUCUGUAACUAUACAUAAAUAAAAUAAUAUAACUCUACUA